CCUCAGCCGCGGGGGCACAACACCGGAGGGCGAAAAUGUUCAGGAACUUCACACGGAAUAUUUCGCAACCUUCAGCCUUCUGACGCACCUCAGACAAUCAUUUACGACAGACGUGCCUCCAAAAUGGCCCAACAGAACCAAACCUGUCAUUAUAAUGAGUCCAUGCACUUCUUCUACACAAACAGUGGUGCUGAGGAUAAAUGGGACAAGACGCAGCUCAUUCUGGUCCAGGUGGUGGGCUCUCUUUUCUGCUGUUUCAUCCUGGUGUCCAACGCCAUGGUCAUUGCUGCUGUCAUCACCAACAAGAGGUUCCACUACCCUUUCUACUAUCUUCUUGCCAACCUCGCUGCAUCGGACUUCCUGGCAGGCAUAGCGUACGUGUACCUUAUGUUUAACACAGGUGAGGCAUCAUGGAGACUGACAGUUAAAGGAUACUUCAUCCGCCAAGGUCUUCUGGACGUCAGCCUCUCGGCCUCAUUGGCAAACCUACUGGUUAUAGCUCUGGAGCGUUACAUCUCCGUCAUGAACUGGAAAGUCCACAGCAACCUGACGAAGAGGAGGGUGACCCUUCUGAUCGUGUCAGUGUGGGCCAUCUCCAUCUUCAUGGGGGCUGUGCCAAGUCUGGGUUGGAACUGUAUCUGCAACCUGGCUGACUGCUCCGAGCUGGCUCCCAUUUUCAGCAGGAGCUACCUGGUCUUCUGGUCUGUGUCUAACCUGGUAGUGUUCCUGGUGAUGGUGGUCAUCUACCUGAGGAUCUACACCUACGUCAAGAAGAAGACAUCCAUGCUAUCACCGCAUACCAGCGGCUCCAUCAACCGCAAGAGGACGCCCAUCAAGCUCAUCAAAACCGUCAUGGUUGUGCUCGGGGCCUUUGUGAUCUGCUGGACUCCUGGCCUAGUGGUUCUGCUGCUGGACGGCCUCAACUGUACAAGUUGUAACGUCAUGAAAUUAAAACGCUGGCUGCUGCUCCUGGCUGUACUCAACUCUGUCAUGAACCCCUGCAUCUACUCCUACAAGGAUGAGGAAAUGUGGACAACUUUUAAGAACCUCAUGCGCUGCAUCGGCAACGGCACUCGACGGCAGCGGUCGACGAAGGCCAAUGCGCGGCCGCUGAGCUCUGCUCAGGACACGGGCAACAGCCAGCCUCCCUCAGAGGAGACAAAAAAUGAUGAUCAGGAUGUAUAUUCAAAACCUGAAAAUGGAAACUGUUAAGAAUUUUGCAGAACUUAUGUCCAUCUUUGAGUGGACGUACCUUAUGAAGAUUGGAGUUGACUUGAAAGAGAAACCACAGUUGGUCUCAGGGAACAUCAUCUUCCGACAGAAAGACACCACAGGCCAACAUCUCGUGGUGAGAUGGAGACAAGAUGCACUACUAAUUAUCCAAAUGGAUGCAACAAUUUGCUUUUUCAGAUUUUUUAGGAAACAUUACUUCCAUUUAUGUUUAAUGGGACAUUCAUUCCUGUUGCUGUUUCAUCCUGCUUCAGUUUUCCUCACCACAUUCCUGUUGGUUAUUUAAACUUGGAUGAUACUGCGCUCCAAUGGCUGAAGAAAGAAUCCAGUGAGAAAAACACACCGGUA